AUGUUGGAGAUGGACAACGCCUGGGUGCCUGGCCAAGACAACUUCUCACCCUCUGGAGGUCUACUGAAUUACACAUGGUCGGACACUGUGCUGCAGCUGGAACUGGACGAAUUGCAUCUGCGCCAGGAGGCGCAGAGGUCGGCACCACCUCAACCUCAGACGGGCUCGAUGGAGGCAUCCCCAGCGAUGUUCUUCGAGGAGCCGCAGCCCAGCUUGGAUGAGGAAGAGCGACGGAAGCGCAGCCGAGAGACCAUCGAGCGCGAGUCCUUGGAGACCUUCUCAGAGCUGUCCAAGGUGCUGGAGCCAGGCAAGGCAGCCAAGACAGACAAGUCCUCCAUAAUCACAGAUGCCAUCCGAGUCGUGACGCAGCUGCGCGCUGAGAACGGCCAGCUCCGGCAGCUGAACAAAUUCCUAGAGGAGCGUGUGGGGACGGUGGAGAAACAGAAGAGUGAGAUGAUGAUGCAAGCGGCGCUGAUGCAGCAGGCCGGUCCAUCCCAUCUUGUCCAGAUGCCGCCCCACUAUGGCGCAGGCAUGGCGGUGGGGCAGCCCGUGCAGGGCAUCCCAGCGCAGGGCAUGCAGUCCCUGCAGCAGUCCGGCGACGGCGGCAUGCCGGCACAUGCCAGCAUGCGCGGCUAUGUGACACACGACGCUUCCAUGGGCGUCGCUUCCUCCAGCGGCCUCAGCCUGCUGCCCCUCUCCCCCUCGGCGGGGAGAGCCAGCAGUGGGGGCAUGUCAGAUUUUGGAGCGGGCGGCUCCAGCAUGGUGCCAGGGAUGCCUAUGGGCCCCAUGCGCUGGCUGCCCGCCACCACCAUGGACACCUCUCAGGACUCCAUGCGCCGACCCCCAGCCGCCUGA